AUGGAAGGUAAAGAGGGUAAAGACUGGAGCGCAGCUCAGUAUCUAAAGUUUGAAGCCGAGCGGACUCGUCCAGCGAGGGACCUCCUCGCGCAGGUGCCCUUGACGGCCCCAAAACGAGUAGUCGACCUGGGCUGCGGACCUGGCAAUUCGACAGAAGUGCUCUGGAAGCAAUUCCCCCAGGCUCACGUUGUCGGUCUCGACUCGUCCCCGGAUAUGAUCGAAAAGGCGCGAAAGAGGCUGCCUGACCUCGAGUUCGUCCUUAGCGACGUGGGUUCAUUCGAGCAGGCCGAACCGGCCGACCUGCUUUACUCCAAUGCCGUGUAUCAAUGGCUUCCCCACGAAAAGCGCAUCCCAACAUUCAUCGACCUGAUCAAAACUCUGAAGUCGGGCGGCGUCUUCGCCUUCCAGGUCCCUGACAACUUUUCAGAGCCCUCCCAUGUUGCCAUGCGCGAGGUCGCCGACCAGGGCCCCUGGUCCGACACUCUUAAGCGCCUGCAUCCAGCUCGCAAGGCAUUUCAGUCACCUCAAGAGCUCUACGAUCAUUUGAAGCCCCUGUGUUCGGAUAUCAAUAUCUGGCAUACCCAAUACUACCAUAUCCUGCAAGACCACAAGGCCAUUGUGGAGUGGGUGAAAGGGACAGGUCUGAGACCCUACGUCGACCCUCUGUUGGCCUCGGAGAGGGAGGCCUUCCUCGAGGAAUACCUGAAGCGAAUACAGGAGGCGUAUCCCCUCCUUGUUGACGGGAAGGUCUGCUUGGGCUAUCCGCGCCUGUUUCUGGUGGCUACUCGGGCUUGA